AGGUAACAAAGAAAAAAAAACUUAAAUUUUCUUUUUACCAUUUAAAAAAAAAAGGCAGGUCUCCUCUUCUCUCCCUCUCGGACCUGGUCACAUCCUCGACGGCUCCACUCCUCCUCCAAUCUUCUUCUUCUUCUUCGUCCUUAUCCUCUUCCCCAAAAUUUUGAGCCUCUUCUGAGAAAUUCAAUCCGAUUUUAUCUUCUUCAUCCACGCUCUUUACAUACAUCUCAUCUCGUCUUUUCUCUUCAACGAACCGGUAUUCGAAAUCGAGGUCAAACCGGCUCCGAGCUAAUCUUAAAGGUUUCGGAAUUUCAUAUAUAAUCUGGUCUGAUGGGAUCGGAGCCUCGGGACGACCCGAGGCGCGAACUGAUUGACUUGCCCGUUCUUCACAAACUCAAACUCUACAGUACUCGCACGAAUUUUUAUCUGAUCGGGAGAGACGAGAAGAAAACCUUUUGGAGGAUUCUUAAGAUUGAUCGAACGGACCCAAAGGAGUUGAAUUUGUUUGAAGAUCCUACAAGGUAUACACAUGAGGAAAUCGCCCAGCUUAAAAAAUGGAUUAGUCGAGGCAACCAGGAGUACGGUGGGCUUAGAGCAGAGACCACUUGCUAUGGAAUCAUUGGGUUUGUUAGAUUCUUGGGGCCUUAUUACAUGAUUGUGAUUAGAAGAAGAAAGAAAGUAGGGGAGGUCUGCGGCCAUAGUGUUUACGGUGUAGCGGAGAGUCAAAUGAUCAUGGUUCCAUAUCCUUCCAAUGAGACCAGAGUGUCUAGUUCUGCAGCCGAGCGGAGGUACAGGAAGCUCUUCAACAUGGUGGAUCUUAGCAAAAACUUCUACUUUAGCUACACGUAUCACCUCAUGUAUUCCCUCCAGAAGAACAUCCAGGACAUCUACAACCCCGAGAGAGGAAAAGUUCACGACCACAGCAUGUUCGUUUGGAACGAAUAUUUAACACGCGGGAUCAGAGGGAUCCUCAAGAAUACUGUGUGGACGGUUGCACUUGUAUACGGAUUCUUUGAACAGGUUAAAUGUUUAGUAUCUAAUGAAGAAUUUGUUUUGACUGUCAUUGCUCGGCGUUCACGCCGUUACGCUGGUACAAGAUAUUUAAGGCGUGGUGUAAACGAGCAAGGCAGCGUAGCCAAUGAAGUUGAGAUAGAGCAGAUUGUUUCCAAAGAGGUUCCUGAGGGGAAGAAAAUCCCUAUUACAUCAGUUGUGCAGGUUCGAGGCUCCAUACCCCUAUUCUGGUCUCAAGAGACAUCUGUGUUCAAUCCACAACCCGACAUAAUAAUGAACAAUAAUGACGGGGAUUACGUGGCUACUCGACUCCAUUUUGAGAAUCUGAGACAGAGAUAUGGGAAGCGGAUAAUCAUCAUGAAUCUUCUAAAAACAGGUGAUAAAAAGAAAAACCAUCGAGAAAGCCUCUUAAGGGCAGAGUUUGGAAAGGCAAUCUGGUCUAUCAACAGAGGCACGAAGAAAGAGAACCGUUUGAAGGCAAUUCAUUUUGAUCUAAACAAACAAUUCAAAAGCGGAGUUGAUGGUGCAUUCGAGCAGCUGUGCGUCCUCGGGAAGAGAGCAUUAGACUUGAUUGACUUAUUUUUCUGUGAAGCUCCUUUAGGCAUUGGAGCUGAUGUCGUAAUUAACGACUCAUUUUUCACUAACCACAUUCUGAAUCAAGAUGAAGAGGAGGAAACUAUUCAAGAAAAUGAAGCUUUGAAGGCGGAUAUACAUAAGCUUCAAAGUGGGGUGUUGAGAACAAACUGCAUAGACUGUUUGGACCGUACUAAUGUUGCUCAGUACUCCCACGGAUUGGUAGCUCUUAAUCGGCAGCUGCGUACAUUGGGCAUCACUGGACCUCCGAUCGUCGAUAAGGACAAUCCCGUGGCAAAGAAACUGAUGGAAGUUUAUGAGAACGCAGGUGAUGCAAUUGCAAUUCAGUAUGCUGGCUCGGAGGCACACACUAAGAUGUUCUGUGCCCUGAGAGGUGAGUGGAACAUGAUGAUGAGACACCGUGACAUCAUCACAGCUGUUCGUCGUCACUACAACAACGCUUAUCAGGAUGGUGAAAAGCAGAACGCCAUCAAUGUAUUCUUGGGGAAAUCAGGGCCUCAUUUGGGAAGGCAAGCCCCGUGGGAGUUGGGUUCUGACAAGCUCAAAACUCGAAGAAAUAGUUCUAACCUAGACAUUGAAAACCUGAGGCCAAAAAUUUCAAGAUCCUUUUCCGAUAACCUUCUCUUAUUGGGUGAGUUGAAUUUGGAGGAGCCUAUACUCGAAAGUCCAGAGCCUUCAGGUGAAGGGUUAAACGGUGUUAUUUGGGAAACCACUUCAGAAUCUGGAUUCGUUGAAGCUGAACCAGGUUCUCCGAGCUUCCGCUCGGCUAUUGGCCAUGAAGAUCAUUUGAUACGAACGGGAUCAAGACAAAUGUUACAAGGGAGUAGCUCUGUGUCUGAUUUUCUCGGCCUGGAUGAUGUACCUGGUUUUGCACACUCAUACAAUGCUAGAUUCACUCAUGCAGAUGAAAUGUUUGAACUUUGCAGCUCCGUGUCGUCAGAUAACAUGUUUACGGACAUGGACGAAUCCAUCACUUCUACAACUGAUACGAACAUUUUUGAGUUUCAUAGCGGUUCGAAUCAACCAGGACGUUUCAUUGAAUAUCCUUUAGUCGAUGGAUACUCAAAUGAAUUCACUCAGUGGGUUCUACACGAAAAAUCAUCAUUGUCAAGGGUUCCGAGAUGAAACUUCUGCCUUGCACCGGAAGUUAACGCUGGUUACUUAUCACGUAAGGCAGGGUUGGACAGGCAUGAUAACAGGAAACGCACACAGUAACAGCCACGUCUUUGUUUGACCAAAAAAAAAAAAACAGCCACGUCUUUGUAAAUACCAAGGUCAGCUUUGUAAAGGUCCCCAGCUUCUUGUAUUUCUUUUUUUUUUCUACCAAGGUUGAUUUCUUUCUCUCUGUUUUCUUCAUCACUCACAAAAUUUGAUUUUGUUUGUUUUUGGUAUAUAGAGGUUUUGGUUUGGUUUGAUUUUCCUAGUAAUUUGUUGCGGCCCAAUGGCUGAACCGCAAUGAAUCUAUUCUAUUAAUUUUGCAGCAUGACCA